AUGGACAUUAAGGUAGACAUAAUGAGCAAUGAUAAUAAAAUCAUUUUAAAAGACUCACUGCCAACUUUUAACUGGUGUGGAUUGUUUGGAAAAAAUGGAAAAGUUCCAACAUCGCCUGGCUGGAAAGUGGUAAUGAAAGGUUUUGGAAAAUAUUUCAAAGACUACAUGAACUGUCCAAUUAAGAAGAACAUCACGCUCAAUCGUAUUAAUGGAGAUCCGAAAAUGUUGCUUUUUGCGCCCAAUGGAAAAGUUCAUUUUCAGCUGCUUGGUAAUAUUUUUGGAGAUAAAGGGCAAAGAGAAUUUGUUAAUGUUUCACUUGUUGUUGAGUCUGCAAAACUGUUUGACUUUCAGACUUGCUUGAUGUUCGUCAUGAAGGUUUUCAAUUUAAUUUUCAUGCUUUUUUCGACAAUAUUUCAUAUUGAGUGUGCUAAAAACUAUAAAUUUCUAUCAAUUGAAUCUUGUACAUCUGACAAUUAUUUGGUUGCUAAUAAUACUAAAUGUGAAGCUGAUGGGAUUUAUUUAACAAUUAAUAUCGAUGUUAAACAGCCAGUUACAAAGUUAAUGAUGGAUAUUCGAAUGAAUUUAAUGAACAACGAGAACAAAAUCAUUUUUAAAGACUCAUUGCCAAUUUUCGAUUGGUGUGGAUUAUUUGGAAAAAAUGGAAAAGUUCCAACAUCACCAGGAUGGAAACUUGUCAUGAAAGGAUUUGGUAAAUAUUUCAAAGAAUUCAGAAACUGUCCAAUUAAGAAGAAAUUAGAACUGAAUCGUAUGCAUGGAGAUCCAAAAAUGAUGCUUUUUGCACCAAACAUGAAAUGCCUUUUUCAACUUCAUAUGACAGCUUUUACUGCAAGUGGAGAGAAGGCAUUUAUUGAUAUAUCUCUUAUAAUUGAUAUAUUUGACGAUUAA